UCUCUCUCUCUCUCUCUCUCUCUCUCUCUCUCUCCAUCUAUCUUCUAUGGCGUAAGCUUGAUUCCUGAUAGUGCAAGCAAAGCAAACAUCCCACGCUUUACUUUUGUUUGGUCAUAAGCUUCUAAAAUUCUGUGUUUUUCCCUCUUUGUCCUGUAAAAUUUCUUCUUCUUCAUCCUCUCCUCUCUCUCUCUCUUCAUCUUUUCCCAACCUUUAUGCUCCCUCACUACUGCUAUAAACCUCUUGUUUAGUCUCACACAACCGCAGCCCUUCUACCAAACCUCUCAUUUUGUUUCUUCCUGAUGCUCAUCUUUGUUUACUCCCCCCCUCCUCUCUAAGCUCUUCCUGUGAAACUUCUCAUGGAUAAUACCAACAGGGAGUUCUUUGGAUAAUUCCAUUUCUUCCUAUGAGCCAUGAACGUUGCCAAGAAGAGCUUACUUCUGGUUUAGCUUUGCGACUAUUCUCCACCACCCUGCAGCCUGUUCCUCUCUCAGUUCACAGGAGAGAAAGGCCAAAAAAGAACAGUUAAAGGAAGAGGAAGAGAGAGCGCGGAGAUUGAGAGAGAGAGAGAGAGAGAGAGGAUGGAUCUUUCUGGUCAUGACGGGGAUAUCCCAAUCCCAAUCCCAAUAACAAGCACUUAUGUUGUUGGCCAUGGUCCACCCCAUGGCCACGGCAUGACCCAUGACACCUCUCCCCUCCACCACCGCUCCAGUGGCUCUUCCCCUCCUCCCGCUGCCGCUGCUGCUGCUCCUCCUCCCCCCCUCUCCGCAGCCACCACCGAGGACCACCACCACAGCACCAAUCCGUACAGCACCAAGAAAGGGCUGGUGGUGAAGUACAGGGAGUGCCUCAAGAACCAUGCAGCCGCCAUUGGUGGGAAUGCCACUGAUGGUUGCGGUGAGUUCAUGCCCAGCGGCGAGGAGGGGACUCUGGAAGCCUUGAAGUGCUCCGCCUGCAACUGCCACAGGAACUUCCACCGGAAAGAAGUAGAAGGGGAGUCCUCUUACGACUGCUACCACCCCUUCAAGGGACGGAAAGUAAUAGGCCAGAGAGGCCUCCUGAUCUCAGGGGCAGAUCCAUUUGGCUACAACCCCGGCAGCAACAGCCUCAUUCCGAGGCCACCACCUCACAUGAUCAUGCCCCUGGGUGCCAUGCAGACAUCUGAGUCCGAUGAGAUGGAGGGGGCGGGUGGUGGGAUGAUGGCGAGGCCACCCUUGGUGAAGAAGAGGUUCAGGACCAAGUUCACUGCAGAGCAGAAGGAGAAGAUGCUUCACUUCGCAGAGAAGGCGGGCUGGCGGCUUCAGAAGCAGGAAGAGAGCGCGGUGCAGCAGUUCUGCCAGGAGAUCGGGGUGAAGAGGAGAGUCCUCAAGGUGUGGAUGCACAACAACAAGCACAACUUGGCCAAGAAGACCCCUCUCCAGCUCGAAUGACUGCUGCAGCUGGCUCCCCUCUCACCGAGCCAAACUGUUCUUCUCUAUUUGGUUUAUGUCUCACACUUGGAAUGUGGAUGUUAGAGUUCUAAUUGGGUGGUAGCAUGCCACUGCCAUGGUCCCUCGUACAUGUCACUCUGGAGAUCUUCUCUUUGACAGAGUCUUGAGGUAGGUGGUAGCAUGACAUAACCAUCAACCCUUCCAUAUGCUGCUGUCCUGGGAUUUCCUCUUGACAUCUAAAUUGACAAGGUGGUGUAAGUUGAUUAGUUUGGCAGACAGAGUCAUGUGUCUUUGUUUC